AUGAGCGGCUGCGUUUGGUUUUUCUUCAUCUUCGAUCGUCUCGGAAACUUUUUCUUUGCGAGAAAGGUUCUCAAUACUCAUGAGCUGGAUAUCGAUGAAAAUCAACAACGAAAAUCUCAGCUUCGAAAUUCCAUGAUGGCCAAAGAUGAUAUGAAACAGCUCGAAAGUCAAAUUGAAGGAUCAAGACUGACUCAAUCAGGAGGCCAUCUGUAUUACCAGUCUGCUAGAAUGAGCAAACGAUUUACUGGUAGAACAACUUUCCUAACAAAUGUCACCGGUCAAACUGGAAUAUCAAUGACCUCAGCAACGACUGGAAUUACUCAACUAUCAGACAUGGUUCGAAGUGGAAGAAUCGGAUAUCCAUCAAAGAAGGAAGCAAAACUCGAGGGACUGUUCGACAUCAAGCCAAUGGGUCUUUUAAUGGCUUCUUCAAAUUUGAUUGGAAUGUUUAUUCUUGGAUUGACGAUGACUUCCACGAUGAACUUUUCAGUCGCCGAAGGAAUUUGCGUAGUCGUUACGCUUUUCUUUCACGAAAUAACUCAAAAGCUCUCAGACUACAUUCACUAUCAGGAACAUGGACUGAACUCUUUUCACGCAGUCGUCUGGAAUGCUGUCUCUAGUUUGUCAAUUUAUGGAGGUUGCGCGCUUGGAAUAGGAAUGGCUUCAGUCAACUAA